AUGAUCAUCACAACGGCCCGUGUGGAGCCGACCUCGACCUAUGUCGGCUACCUUCUUGGGCUUUGCUUGUGCAUUGCUGCGAACUUCUUAACCGCCCUUGGCAUCACGAUCCAAAAGUCAGCACAUGUGCAGUCGAAGGAUGCCUACUAUGCGCGGCCGCUGUGGAUCUUCGGUGUGGUCUCCAUGAUCAUCGGGGCACUUCUGAACAUGCCUGCCUUAGCCUUUGUCCCCCAAACCGUGGUGAGCAUCCUUGGCUCCCUCACGAUCGUUUUCAACGCUUGCCUGGCCAAGCUGCUUCUGCACGAACGACUCUACCUGGCGCAAGUCAUGGUCAUGAUGCUUCUCAUUGCUGGGGCAUCGCUGGUGGUCAUGGAAACGCCAGUGCCGCCACAGGUGCUCUACGUGGAUCACAUCUUCAACAGCUCGCAGAAUGGCCGUUUCCUCGCGACGGCCUUCACGGUGAUGAUUCUGCUUUCCUUUCUGCUGUUUUUGUCUCGUUUCUCCUUGCCUUUGAAGCUAGUCUUCCUUGCUACAGCCUGUGGCGCUUGUGGCUGCUAUGCAACGGCCUUCGUGAAGACCAUAGGGGAGAUCAUCGCAAACACAGCUGGCCAUCAAGGAGGAUGGUUGCACGAUCCACACGUGUAUUGCCUGGGAAUUGGGGCGCUGUGCAUCUUCUUGCUCCAGAUUCUGGUAAUGCAGACCGCUUUAGGCUGCAGUGACGCAGUGGUCAUCACACCCACCUUUUUUGCGAUGGGUGUCCUGUUCACGAUCUUUCAGGCGCAAUUGGCAUUUGGCGAGCUGAAUCGGCUGAAGGGAUCUCAGCAUGUGAUGCUCUUUGUCUUCGGCGUACUUCUCGUGCUGGUGAGCACAUGGGCCCUGCUGAAGUUGCACGAGGAAAAGAAAGAGGAGACCUUGCCAUUGGCUAACGGCCCCGAGACGGCUGGAGCGACAACUGUGUCUACCACGACACGCACUGCUAAAUGA